UUUUGAAAUUCGGAACGGGCAACUUCCGGGAAGGAAGAUCGUACUGCUACUGCUUGCUGCAGAAAAGGUUAAUGAGAAAGUUAUCGUUUCCCAUCCAUCUUUAAAUUAGCAUCUAGCUGGAAGGCGAACAGCUCUUACGAUGUUUCUAUGGUAACUUGUGAAUAAAUGGGUUGGAAUACCCCACCAUGGUCCAUCCGUAAUGAUCAUUGAGUGCAUCGUCUGAAUAAAGUCCGCCUGGAAUGCUACAACAUCUUCACCACACCAGGGCUUCUGCUUCUGGCUGAAGACAUCUUCACCACACCAGGGCUUCUGCUUCUGGCUUAGGCCAUCUUCACCACACCAGGAGCUGUGCUGCUUCCUGAUGCCAUCCACAUUUACCCAUGGCAUGUGAUUCUGGCUUAGGCCAAAUACAUGUCACCAGGGCCUGUGCUGCUGACUGAGGCCAACUAGAUUUCACCAGGGCCUGUGCUGCUGGCUGAAGCCAUCCACAUUACACCAGCGCCUGUGUUUUUGGCGUAGGAAAUCUUCACCACACACACGACACAAGAAAUAUAAUCAGAAAUCUGAUAGUGAAGACGAAUAAAAGAUCUCGACUUAGCUUUCCUAAUAAUAACACAGAAAAACAAAAAUGUACAUGUGUAAGUGGAGAUUAUUUAUACACUUAUUCACAAAAAAGAUUAAAUUUGUUCAUUUUUCAUUCAACAGUUCACUAAACUCUGUUUGAUUUGCUCAGCAGUCUUGGCUACAUAAAGAAUGCACAAUAAAGCAACACUGGAGAAACCAAUAGACAUUUUCAAUUCUUCUCUUAUAUAUGUGCUCAUUUUAUUUUUACCUAUAAACUGAAGCACAAGCGUAAAGAAACAUAGACAUUUGAAUCUGUCUGAAUGUAAAGAUCAUAUCUCUCAGUCUCUUUUCUUCUUGAGUUACUAACAAAAAAAUGUAUUGUUUUGCUGUAAUUACACUGUAACAUUACUUCUUCAUUGUGAAUUUCAGCCUCCUUUUUCACAUUUCUGCUGUUAUUCUUAUGCAAUCAGACUGUCACAGCUUUCAUGUUCCUCAUUUGUUACCAGCUAGAGUUGGUAUUAAUUAAUUAGGUUGGUUCUCAGGAAGAUAUGAUGUUAAAUCCUUUCCUCCCUGCUUUAUAUUUUGCUGUAUAUUUAGUAUACAGCACCACCUUCUGAACGAAAAGGGAUUGUUACAACAACGAAUCCAGAAAAAAAAAUCCUAAGACAAUAGAGGGAAUAUCCUUGUUAGAACCGGCCGAUUUAUUUAUGCCCUCUUUAAUGGAUAUUUGUUUUUGUUCUAGGGAGAACACAGGAAAAAAAGAUUCUAUGGGCUCAAAUAUUUAUGACCACAAUCAUAAAUAUAUCGGAUCAGUAUCAUCGAUACCACUCUGAAUUUUACUUGGUAUGGAAUCGGAAAGGAAAUCAGUGGCAUGCACAUCACUAGAAACAACGGUCUGGAAAGAACUUACGAGUUCUCGUGGUCUCGCGGGAUUUCCCAGCGUUGCCUAGCGACAUGACUCUCAAUCGGUUCCGCGAGGGCUUCUCUGGCUUUCUAAAGUAUUAAUGUUUUUGGAAGUGUUUGUUAUACGCGGAGACACUCUUCAGUUUUCCAGUCUCCUGGCAUAUUAUUAUUUUUUUUAAGUGACAUCUAAAAAUGUCUUUUGUAGUUGCUCAGUCCCAUUUCAUUUUCGGUGUACGGACUGGUGUGAGGAACAAUUUGUGUUUCUUUGACGAGCAAACCGUCGUCUUCCCCAGCGGAAACAGCUGCGUGUGUUUCGACACUGUCCAAAGAUGGCAGCGGUUCAUUUCAGGCUCAGAGAGAAGUCAGGGAAUGCGUGCUAUGACCAUCAGCUCCAACAGACGUUACCUGGCAGUGUCAGAUUAUGGGGAGAGGGCCACCGUCACUGUGUUUGACCUGCAGCAUGAGCAGGGCAGAAAGAGAAAAGUUCUGAGUGCAGGAGACAUGUCUGUUCAAGAGUUUAUCUGCAUUGCUUUCUCUCCUGAUUCCAAGUACCUGAUAGGCCUGACAGAGGGCCCUGAGUGGAUGCUGAUCCUCUGGCUUUGGGAGAAACACAAACUCCUGGCAACACUGAAGACAACAAACACAAAUAAUCCUGUCACCCAGGUCAGCUUCAACCCUUACAACAAUACACAGCUCUGUGUGAGUGGAACCGGUGUUUUCAAGCUGUUCCGCUACUCAGAGGGGGCCCUGAAACAGAGCAGUGUUGCAAAGGUUGAGUCCAUCAAUUUCCUGUGCCACACCUGGAUGUCAGAGCACAGGGUGAUUGCUGGCACAGACACUGGCAGGCUGCUGGUGUUUGAGUCUGGAGACCUGCGAAGAGAGAUCAGCAUGACUUCUGUGCAGGGCCAGUCUGCCAGGCAGGUGGAGGUAAAGAAGAUCAAAGAUGCUAAUGUGGAUGAAGGUCCCUCUGUCCCUUCCAUCACAGCAAUCCUGUCCUACUCCAAAGGCUUUGCAUGCUCUAGGGGUCCUGGCACCGUUUUUCUGUUUGAGCAGACAGAUGAGAGUGGUUACAGAAAGACCAGGGAGAUUAAGAUCCCUCUAGAUGCAUACUGCAGUGGUGUGACCUUGGCAGAAUACCAGCAGAUUGACACCAUAUGCUUCAGUCCAGCAGAGGAGACUUUGGCCAUCAGCACAAACCGAGGACAGCUGUACAGUGUCAGCCUGUCCUCUGUGGACAUGAACAAGGAGGAUAAACUACACUUUGAGCUCCUGUCCCAGUCCUUCCACUCCAGCUCCAUCACUGGGUUGUCCAUCUGCAUACGCAAGCCCCUUGUAGCCACCUGCUCUGUGGACCGCUCUGUCCGCAUCUGGAACUACGAGACAAAAGUGUUGGAGCUGUACAAGGAGUUCCAGGAGGAGGCGUACAGUGUGGCUCUACAUCCCACAGGCCUCUUCAUCCUUGUGGGGUUUUCAGACAGACUCAGGCUGAUGAACCUGCUUAUCGAUGACAUCCGCACCUUCAAGGAGUUCACUGUGCGCAGCUGUAGAGAGUGUGCUUUUAGCAACGGUGGCCACAUGUUUGCAGCUGUCAAUGGAAACAUCAUUCAAAUCUAUUCUGUUACCUCUUUUGACAAUAUCCUUAAUCUGAAGGGCCACAAUGGAAAGGUGUGUCAAAUUGAAUGGAGCCUGGACGACAGCCGGGUGGUGUCUUGUGGGGUGGAUGGGGCAGUGUACGAGUGGAACACACAGAGUGGCAAGCGGGAGUCAGAAAGCGUCCUAAAGUCCUGCAGUUAUACAGGUGUGGCCUUCUCCUCAGACUGUAAGACCAUCCUGGCUGUGGGAACAGACCUCACUCUGAAGGAGAUCCAAGACUGUCAGGUACUGAGGGAGGUUCCAGCUGAUGAGACAGCUCACACUGCUCUUGCAGUGUCCCAUUCUGGUAGAGUGGUCUUCACCGGGACCUCCAGUGGGACUGUAAGGGCAAUUAAAUACCCAUUACCUAUCCAGAAGGAAUGGAUCACAUACCAGGCUCACUCUGGGCCUGUCACCAAGAUGGUGAUCACGUAUGAUGAUCAGUUCCUGCUGACAGUGUCUGAAGACGGCUGUCUGCUGAUUUGGAAAAUCAUUGAUAAGGAGGGCAGAGGUCUAAAGAGCAACAAACACAUAGUCCACACGGAAGAGAUCCUUAUCACCAAGUCAGACCUGGAGGAGAAGACCCAGCACAUGCUGGAGAUGAAGAUGCGGCUGGAGGAGCUGCAGAUGGAGAAUGAGUACCAGCUCCGUCUGAAGGACAUGAACUACAACGAGAAGCUCAGAGAGCUGUCUGACAACUUUGUCCAGCAGAUAGGAACUCUGAAAACAUCCCAACAGGCCAUGAAGACAGAGAUGGAAAAGCAGGAAUGUGAGAAUCAGCAGAAUUCUGCAGAGCUUAUUAUGAAGCAUUCGAAAGAACUGAAGGAUUUAGAGCUAUCAUACAGCCAGAAGCUGAUUGUGGAGCACGAGAAGUACCAGGAUCUUGAGCAAAAACAUCAAAGAAUGCUGGAAGACUAUGAGAAGCAGCUCAAGUCUGCAGAGGACAGAAAAAUCCAAGCGGUGGAGGAGCUCACAAAGAUGUACGAGGCCAAGCUACAGGAGAAGACCCAGCUCCUCGCUCAGUGUCAGGAGGACGCCGAACAGAAGAUUAGUGUUUUUAAAGCAAUCAUAAAGCAGGCUGAAGAGGAUGAGGAGAGGAAGAUUCUCGAGAUUCAGACCAAUUAUGAGAAGAAAAUGAAAACUGAGAAACAGACCAAUGCAAAUCUGAAGGGAAAAAAUAGCAUCAUGGCACAAAAGUUCAUCAGUCUACAGAAACGGAUUGAUGACAGGAGUGCUGAUAUAAACAAACUGAAGCAAGAGCGGCAGAGGCUGCUUGGGCUGAUCCGCUCCCUGGAGAGUGAUAUUGAAGACCUGAAGAGGCAGAUCUCUGGACAUGAAAAGACCAGUCAGGACAAGGAUCACAUCAUCUUGUGCUUGAAGAGAAAGAAUCAGGAACUGGAGAAGUUAAAGUUUGUUCUUGAAUUCCAGCUGAAUGAGUUAAAGCAGAAAACCGAGCCUCUGCAACAUGACAUCAGUGUGAAGAAGGAGCGGAUCAGUCAGCUGGAGGAAGAGCUGAUACAAACCGACAAGAGCAAUGCUCAGCUGAAGCUCACCGUCUCUGAGCUGAAGCUCAAACUGAAGACCAGAGACAAAGAGAUGUGCAAAGAGAGUCAGAAGGUCAAAGAUUUAGAGACGCAUCUUCAGCGAUUGAAAUCAGACCUGCACAACUGUGUCAGCUUCAUCCAGGAGCCUAAAACCCUGAAGGACAACAUACAGAUGAUAUACACUCGAUAUGUCCAGCAGACUGAAAGGGUGGAGAGAACCAAUGCAGAUGAUACUGUUCAGAAGGCGGUGCGUCACCAGUGUGAUCGACAGGAGAGGACAGUAAAUGGCCUCAAAAUGAGGCUGGUCAAAUCUGCUGAGGAGCACGAAAAGGUCUACGCCAAAAUCAUGAAGGAAAACAUGACUCUGAUAGCUGAAAUCAACGAGCUGCGGAAGGAGCUGCAUUUGGCCAGGACUCAGGCUAAAGACGUCAAAGCUCAGCUGGCUCUCUUAAAGAAGCCCAAGAAGUCACAGCCCAUCUUAGAAGAAGCAGCCUACCAGGACCCCAAACAGCUAGGAGUCAGCUGAUCGUCUUCUACCUCAGCAGGAGCUCUGCAGCAGCAGAUACACAUGAAAAUCAUAUAAGAACAAGUUGUUAGUAAGAUUGUUGUGUUCAUUCUUAAUGUAAAUUGAUAAUGAAAGUGUGGAUUUGUAUGUUACUAUAGUAAUUUACUGCAGAAAACAAUCAUAUUGAUAGAGGUUUGAUCACUGACAGUGAACCUGUUCUCAUUUCCAGCAAGUCAAAUACUGCUGUUUAGCCAAAGACGCUGGUGUCUCCAAUGUAUACAAAAGAUGUCCUUUAGCAGUGGCCCUGUGUAGUGAGGCGAAUCUUAUUCCUCAUGUCACAACUGCAAUAUAUAUAUCAUUUUCAUUUUUAGCCUAAACAUGUAGUUCUAGUGUCUAAACCAGAGAAAAGGGAAAAUAAAAACAAAAUUGAAUGUUGAGUGAAAGGA